AUGAGUCCUUCCCUCUGUGAGUCUCUCAGUCUCCACAGUAUGAGUCCUUCCCUCUGUGAGUCUCUCAGUCUGCACAGUAUGAGUCCUUCCCUCUGUGAGUCUCUCAGUCUGCACAGUAUGAGUCCUUCCCUCUGUGAGUCUCUCAGUCUGCACAGUAUGAGUCCUUCCCUCUGUGAGUCUCUCAGUCUGCACAGUAUGAGUCCUUCCCUCUGUGAGUCUCUCAGUCUGCACAGUAUGAGUCCUUCCCUCUGUGAGUCUCUCAGUCUGCACAGUAUGAGUCCUUCCCUCUGUGAGUCUCUCAGUCUGCACAGUAUGAGUCCUUCCCUCUGUGAGUCUCUCAGUCUGCACAGUAUGAGUCCUUCCCUCUGUGAGUCUCUCAGUCUGCACAGUAUGAGUCCUUCCCUCUGUGAGUCUCUCAGUCUGCACAGUAUGAGUCCUUCCCUCUGUGAGUCUCAGUCUGCACAGUAUGAGUCCUUCCCUCUUCUGCACAGUAUGAGUCCUUCCCUCUGUGAGUCUCUCAGUCUCCACAGUAUGAGUCCUUCCCUCUGUGAGUCUCUCAGUCUGCACAGUAUGAGUCCUUCCCUCUGUGAGUCUCUCAGUCUGCACAGUAUGAGUCCUUCCCUCUGUGAGUCUCUCAGUCUGCACAGUAUGAGUCCUUCCCUCUGUGAGUCUCAGUCUGCACAGUAUGAGUCCUUCCCUCU